AUGAAUCGCCAAAUGCAAUUUUACCGUUCCAAAAAGAUUGUGGCUGCCGCCAAAAAUAACAAUAUAAACUGUGAUUCAGAGACGGAAAAACGUUUGCCUGCUAAUAACGGCCUAAUUAAAUUCAAAGCACUAUCCACUUUAUCUUCGCAAAAUAACACUGCUAUAAAUCCUAACACCUUAAGUGUAAUUGACCCUGAAGAAUUAAUUACAUUUAGCGAUUUGGACGAUUCAGUUGAAGAUCCUGAUUUUGAGCUGCCUGAAUCUGUAAAAGAUACUUCUUCUGAUACUGAUUUUACAUUCCGGGACUUCUUGGGUUCUUGUAUAUCUCAAUCUGCCGCUGAAUCUCUGCAUCAAAAUAGACAACCCGAAAUACACUUCGUAGCUGCAUAUCCCGGUCCAGUCUUUACUUAUAAUGAACAUGAUAAUUUAUCAAACACCAGUACAACACAAAAUGCAAAUCCGCAAUAUGUAAAUGCCACUGAACCAAAUGUUAUGAAACCAAAUAAAAAUAAAAUAAAGCAUCCUAUGAUCGUAAAUAGUUGUGAUGGCAAAUGCAAGAGGCAAUGUGCAAAGUUUUCAGUUGAAAGUCGGAAAGAGAUUUGGGAUAAAUAUUGGGAACGAAAUUUUGUAUCAAGGCGUAAUUUUCUCAAUAAAUGCAUAACUAUAUGUUCUAUAAAGCGACGUAAGGUUCAAAUCUCAAAUUCUAAUAGUUCGUUUUCUAAAAACGAAAGUCGUUAUUUUUCUUUGCCAAAUAAAGACAAAGAGUUGAUUCCCGUGUGCCGUAACUUUUUUUUGGCAACUCUUGGAUAUAAAACUGAUGGCGUGAUAACAGAACUUAGUAAAACUAUAAAGAAAGGGAUAUUAAAUGCAUCUGCUUCCAAAGAAAAUAGGGGUGGCAAUCGAAGAAAAGUUGAUGGAAGCAUAAUAACUGAGCAUAUCAUGAGUUUUCAGCCCACUGUUAGUCAUUAUCGCCGUCACAAUGCACCAUUUACUAAAUAUUUGCCGAGACACUUAACAUUACAGCAAAUGUAUAAAGAUUUCAAGCAGAAAAAUCCAAAUUUUAAAUGUGGGGUUGAAUUAUACAGACAAAAUAUUAAAAAAAACUAA